GGGCGGGGCGCUGGCUGCAGCGCGGAGGCGGCGGGGCGACGCGGGCCCGGCGCGGUGAGGGCCGGUCGGGCCGGCCCAGGGACGCGGUGGGGCACGCUUGGUCAUCAUUGUCCUUCUGCCUCUAGGCUUUUGGCUUCAGCGCUGCGGGGUGAGCCGCGAAGCUGAUCCGGGACUAAUGGGGAAGUCGACAGGCGUAGGGGAGAGCCUGUGCUGCGGGCUGUCGGCCGGCCUGGUCGUUACAGAGUAGAAAUGCGGAGAAACUACCGUCGAGGCAAGGAGAGGCGUGGAUGGAGCAGUCACAAGCGCAGCCACCAGCCGCACCGGCUCAGAAGACCCAGUCACAACAACCGCGCCCAAAGUCUGGAUCAAGAAGAACCACAGACCCCAGUGAAUGCAGGUCCCAGCAGCAAUGAAGAUCCUUCUUCAUCCAGUUCAACGCAGAACUCUGGAGCACCAGAACUGCCAGGAUUUUAUUAUGACCCAGAAAAGAACCGCUAUUUUCGCCUACUGCCUGGACAUAAUAACCACAACCCCCUCACCAAGGACAGCAUUCAGCACAAGGCAAUGGAGUGCAAACGGCUGAGACUCUUAGAAGAGGAAGAAAAACAGAAUCAGAAAACAACAAGGGCUGGACUGAACUCAUCUGUGCUGUUACAGAAAAGGCAGCUGGGUUCGCUCAGCCCCACAAGUUAUUGCAGGCUAGUCCAUGAACUCAAAGUGAACUGCAUGCAGAGGAAGAAGAUAGAAAUUCACAGUCCGGAUUCCUCAGUUGCUGGAACCAACAAUUUUAAAAUCAUUGUGGCAGAUGUUGCUUGUGAACGAAUAUUCACUGUGAACGAUGUAGAGCAUGGAGGAUGUAAAUAUGGUAUCAUCAAUCUCAGCGGUUUGGGGAAGGAGUCUCUCACUGUGGAGAUGUAUGACAACCUCUACUUCACAAACCGCAAAGUGAACUCUGUGUGCUGGGCAUCACUGACUCAUCCAGAUUCUCAUGUUUUGCUGUGUCUCAUGGGAAUUGCAGAAACACCAGGCUGUGCCAGUCUGCUUCCAGCAUCAUUGUUCAGCAGCACUAACCCAGGAGAUCGACCUGGAAUGCUGUGCAGUUUCAAGAUAUCCACUGCCUGGUCCUGUGCUUGGUGCCUGAAUCCCCAAGCGGACAACUGCUUUAGCACAGGCCUGACACGACGAGUUCUUGUGACCAAUGUGGUGACAGGGCAUCGUCAGACAUUUGGAACCAGUAGUGAUGUGCUGGCACAGCAGUUUGCCACGCAGACCCCAGUGCUGUACAAUGGCUGCCGUUCGGGUGAGAUUUUCAGCAUUGACGUGCGCCAACGUAACCGCAAGGGGCAGAGCUGGAAAGCAAUUCGUCUCUUCCAUGGCUCGGCAGUUACAUCUAUUCACCUUAUGGAGGCUGAACAUUAUCUGAUGGCAGCAGAUAUGGCUGGAAAGAUAAAACUGUGGGACCUGAGAACAGCAAAGUGUGUGAAACAGUACGAAGGUCACUACAAUGAAUAUGCUCUUCUCCCUUUGCAUGUAAAUGAGGAGGAAGGACUUGUUAUAGCAGUUGGUCAGGAUUGCUACACCCGAAUCUGGAGUCUCCAAGAUACUCAUCUGCUUAGAACCAUCCCUUCUCCCCACCCAUCAUCCAAAGAUGCCAUUCCUAGUGUGGUGUUUUCUUCAAGACUUGGGGGUAGUCGAGGAGUUCCUGGCUUACUCAUGGCUGUCAAACAGGAUCUCUACCACUUCUCCUAUAACUGACAUGUUCUCCUCAGACCUGGUCUACAAAGCUGCCAUCUAUAUGUGACUUCAGAAUCUUUACACCAGUCACCAAGCUGUUGAGUCAUUAUAUGCUGCUGUUGCAUCUGCUUUGCUCAUCUAAUUGUGAACCUCCUUCAGGAGUUCAGCAAAUCUUGCUGUAUGCAGCAGCCUCUUGUAAAUAAAAGCUGAACACUGAUUAACUGUAGGCAAGAUUCAGUCUCUCUGAAAUCUAGCUGUAAGCCUGCCAAGCAGGCAACUUUAAGAGCCUCUGUUGUGCUGGCUGAAUGUGCUGCCAAAAGGCUGCUCUAACUUGAUUUUGGUUUGGUCACCUAACCUUUAGCUGUGGUCACAUCUGCCUCAAGAAGCGGGCUGGGCCCAGCAGAGUAAAGCAGCUGAUGUUGAGAAGCUGAGCACUGGAAGUGUUCUGGGGCUUAGUUUGGAGUAGCUUUGGUUGGUGUUCCUGCAACUGCCACUGCUCCACUCUGGAAGCAGUUGGUUGGAAGCAACCAUGCUCCAUGGUUGGAAAGAGUUCAAGGAACAGCUGUUUUCUUCACCCCUGUCCUUUUUGCUGGGUCAUUCUAAACUUUGUGCCUUUCAGAUGAUGGUAGCAUGUGACUGCCCUGCCAUGAUCCCUGUAGAAAGCAGCAGGCAUGAAGUAAAGCCCUUUUUCUGGUCCACUAGCAAAGCUGAAUGCCCUUGUUAAUUUAUCAGUUUCCUAACCAAGUCCCCAGCCCUGACAUGCAGUUUGGUCAGUGGUCUGGAAAGGCGAGCUUGCUCAUGCAGCUUAGGACAUAAGCCCGGUUGUACAGACCAUGUCUUUGUGAUUUGGAAUCACCUGUGCAAAGUCAGUAUACAGAGCUAUAGCUGGGCCCUCAGCUGCAAAGUUAGCUCACAGUAACUGGAUGAUACCAUAUCUGUAUUUGAGAACAAUUACCAUCUGAUGGUGCCUCUUCACUUCCUGCCUGGUAACCAGUCUGGGCUGGACAAGACAAUCCUGCUCUCAGCAUCUAUAGGAAGCACUGACCAGAUCUGGAACCUAUGAAAGGGUAAAGGCCCAUGAACUAGGAUGGACUUUACAGGAAAGACACACUGCACUCAAGUUUUCCGAAAUUCUUACUAAAGGAGUGCCAGAACCAUCUUUUCACCCUGGGAUCUGCUUAGAGCAUUCAGGUGUACAGUUGUGUCAUCAGAGAUGCUACUCCCCCUGGGGUCCUGCCAGCUCAGCAGGUGAGCAUGCAAAUAGGUUCUAAUGACAGCCAUGCUGCACAGCAUGUUAAGAGGGCACAGUGAGGUGGCCCUGGCACAGAGCAAGGCUGGGACUCUGCAUUCCAAGUGCCUUCUGCCAGCAGGCACAGGCUGCACAUGCACACAGAGACAAGUAAGGGUAGGCCCUAGUAAAAACCCUCUAACCUGCAGGACUCCACACUCAUUUCUCCUGUUCUCUCACAACCUUCAGGCCUAAGCAAUGUGCUUGCUGUUCAAGAGACUGUGUUCUCAGGAGCUCUUCUUGCUCACCAACACACCAGUGUUACAUGUGGUGACCUCCUAACCUUUCUUUUUAUUUCAUUUACCCA